CAACGAGUCGGGGGCAGGAAUACCAGUAUGCUUGCUUGGAAACUUGCCAUCUGCCUGCUGGGCACUGCUACAGGAGCCAGGAUCGGGGAGGAGUACGUGUACCCCCGGAUCCUGGAGGAGAGAUCUUCAGAUGGCCUCAAGCUGGUGUCCGUCGACGGGAAGAAGAUUCUCAGGCUGGAGAAGGCGUCCGUGCUAGCCGAGACCCUACUCGUGACGUCAUACGACGGGAACGGGCAAGUGACGCACACGACGAUUCAAGCCGAAGAAAUUGAGAAGUACCACUACCGUGACCGCGACCAAUACGCCUCCUUGAUGGUGCGCGACACAGGGAAUGGCCUCGAAAUGACAGGGAUAGUGGACACUGUCACACGAAUCGAACCUGUGCUCACAGCGCCGCGAUCGUUGGACGGGUCCUUGCCGCACAGGUUGCACACCAUGCCAGAGGAAGAAUUGGAACGGCUCAAGAAGAUCGCUACUCCGAUCAAAUCUUCGAUGGCAUCGCUCCUGGCUCCAAGAUCCACGAGGGUCGAUGUACAUCGGCGCGAAGUCAAGCAAGAGGUGUCUAUCAUCUCGGAUUCGGAGCACCACAAGAACAUGUCCAGAGAACAGCUGUGUGCUUACCUUGUCAUUUUUAUGACUGCUGUCAGCAUGCGAUUUGAUCAGACGUCAAAUCCAACUCUCUCGUUUCGAGUGGUUCAGAUAGUGAUGACAACAAAGGAGCAAGACCUAUUGUUCCUUCAUAUGCACAAUGAAUACGUGGAAGCCUAUGCUACGGUAAAGCAAAUGUAUGAGUUCACGAGGCAAUACGAAAACUCCUAUCCCGACCUAUUUUUGGCGUUGUCCGGGAGAGAUUUAGUUACUGUGGACAACGGCGGACAUAUGUCUAAGGGAAUUGCAGGUAUGGCAGAAGUCGGUGGUGCGUGUUCAACGUAUGCGAACUUUGCCAUUGUUGAAGACCGAGGGCAAGCGUACCUUGGCAUUCACUUCGCCGUUCACGAAUUGGGCCAUUCGUACGGUUGCGUUCACGAUGGAGACGGACCGGCCAAGCACAUUCAUGGUCAUAAGGGUUCCCAGGAUCCAGACUGCGCCUUCAAGCACGGCUACAUCAUGAGUUAUUUUGACGGCGGAAUCAAUAGAUUUUAUUUUUCUAAAUGCUGUCUGGCGCAGAUGCGCGUUUUCUUGAGCAACCAAGUAGAACAGUGCUUCAAAAAUACAUUCCAAAUGGACUUCAUGAAGACCUUCCCGAAUUUGCUCCCAGCCAGGGUCACAUCUGUCGGCCGCUACUGCCAGGCAAAGUACCCAGAUAUGAAGAACGUCUUCUAUGAACCGGACCGGCAGAAGGAGAUAAAUUGCAAGGUGGUUUGUUCCGGUUAUAGAACAGAUGGGUCGAAGCGUUCCAUCGUUACCCCGGCUCUAGAUGGCAUGGUCUGUGUCUUGGGAAAGAGCUGCAUCAAAGGACAGUGCAUCACUGAUUAA